CGAGCUAGAAGGAAAUAUUUAUGAACAACGUAGUUAUACUUGCUUGACAUUAAACACAGACCUAUUGAAUGUGCUAUUGUUUAGUGAAAUAGGAUAUUGCUUUAUUUUCAUAAUGUUUAAGCCAACGACGAAAAGAAAACAGUUAUUGCUAAAUUUAAAGGUUGAACAACUGCAGCUUGUAUCGCAUACCUAACUUGCAGGUCAUAGGAAUUUAAACAGAUUAACGUCAUUUGGAAUGAGUAUGGAAUGGAAGGAUUUAGUAAGGAGAUAAGCUGUUUCUGUUAUUGAUACAUGUGUUAUUUGGCUCAACAUAGCUCAGGGGAGUGCAUCGGCGUUAAUGAUUGUGAAAGUGUAAAGUUUAUAAUGUGAUUAUAUUUAUUGGAUCAACCACAUUACAUAGAAACAAUUUGAUGCGUAUAGCUGCAUCAUUGGACGAAAAUCUACGACGAAACGGUGUUUAAAUUCAUCAACAGUGUGUCUCCAUGUUUUUUUCCAAAAAUCAAUUGUUUAUCACAAUGACCACAACGGAUGCUGCUAUGAAUCACACGGUCACAGUCACAGCACGCAAUGGCAUUGAAAUUUCAAAUCAUGCAAUGGGACAUUGCUUUCAAAUAGAAGAAAUUGCAUUAAAACAACUGAAUCGUACAGAAAACCGUGAAUCGAAAGCUUUACUUUAUGAAAUACAGAUUACAGAAUUGAAAGACGAUUUGAAAAAUGUUACGUCAAAUGAGGAUGCAGUGCAUUUAGCAUUAGAACCUGAAUUCAGUGAUCUCGAUACCGGUUUGGCAUGGGUUGUUUUAGUAGCAAGUUUCUUCAGUUUUGCUCUAUUCGGAGGCUCAAUGUAUUCUGUCGGCAUCAUACACAACGCCCUACUAGAUCACUUUAAAGCGAGCGUCGGUCUUACGGCUUGGGUUGGUGCUUUACACACGGGCAUUCUUUCACUUGGAGGUCUGCUUUCAACUGCGGUUGUUGAUCGGUUCAGUUGCAGGACGGCGAUCGUUUGCUCGGGACUUUUUUACACCGGCGGCUAUUUGGCAACUGCUUUUGUUCCAAACAUAGAAGUUGCAGUAUUAACAUGCGGCAUUAUCGUUGGAAUCGGAGGCGCACUUGGUUAUACCGCUGCUAUGGUUGUUGUAGGUUUCAACUUCAAAAAACGCCGUAACCUUGCCCUCGGUAUAGCCAUGUCUGGCGUUGGUGCUGGACUCUGUGUGUUUGCCCCUCUAAUGCAAAUGGCAAUGGAUUUUUACGGCUUUUCUGGGUUUUUUAUUUGCUGCGCUGGCAUGCAAUCUAAUCUGGUUACUUUUGGAAUGCUCUGCUUUCCCAGUCAAUUAGAGAAUCAUUCCCAUAUUUUGAGACAAAGAGACUCGCACAGUUUAUCGACAGGCAAGAAUGUUUUCAAAAGAAAAAUCAUGCCGUACAUUAAUGUGUGUCGCAAGAAAGGAAUAGUUUGUUUAUGCUUAAGUAUGUUUUUGUACUGUACUGGGUCAUAUCUGCUAUUCCUGCACUUGCCAAAAUACAUAACAACAAAGGGGUUUUCGGAAAAUCAGGCAGCGUUUUUGAUAUCUUUAUCAGGACUAUUGACAGUUGUUGGCCGUCUUCUGACAGGAGUAGUGGCUAACAUUCCAAACUGCAAUGGAAUAAUUCUGUAUGCCGGGUCGAUGGCUGUUAUUUCAAUUACAACGAUCAUUUACCCAUUUUUUUCUCAACACUAUGUUGGUCACUUGGUGUAUAUAAUAUUUAUGGGACUGUUUGUUGGCUCUUGUUAUGUCGCCUUGACGACAGUUUCCCUGAUGUUUGUUGGUAUUAACUACAUUGCUACCGCGAUUGGUCUCGUAUUUAUGUUUGGAGGAGUGGGGGCGAUCUUAGGACCAGUACUUGCAGGAAUACUUGUCGAUUCGGGUGGAACGUAUGAUCAGUCUGUGAUAGUUGCAGGAGUUUGUAAUCUAAUAGCUGCAGUCUGUGGUGCUUUCUCUACUCGUUUUGCUGCCGAAGGGACCGAUGGAAUUUCAAUAUUUGUUGAAAAAACACAUACUAGUGAAGAAGGGAGGACAUCGAAGGAAAAAUUCUAGACGGAUCUGGAUAGUUUUUUUUGAUAAAUUGCGGUAUCCACAAAUUAUAUAACAAGUGUCUGAUAUCUGUUUUUGUACAUACGAUAAGCGGCGUUUUAUUGAUACUUCAUAGAAACAAUAGUUCAGAACUUUGUUAAAGUUAACAACGUUGUUAGAUGUUUGUUAACAAGAUUUGAGACAACUGUUUUAAAGUUAUCAAUGAUGAAAAUAACAACGUUGUUAAUUUUAACAAAAUUCUGAACAAUUCCCAAACUCUUUAUUAUAUGUUUUGUAAAAGUGAAUGAUCGUUUUCACAGCACCAUGACAACGUUUUUGUUGGAUAUAAUACCGAAUAUCACAUUGAAUCAAUAUAUUUCAAAUGGUUACAUGAGAAAUAAGAGAAUACCUCUCCUGCAUACUGAAAGUGGGGCAAGGGGCAUCUUACCCAGAGCAGGCUUAUUCUUCAAUUUCCCAAUGCAAUCUUUAACAUUUAUAGAGUAAAGUCCCUUUGAUGCAUUUAAUUAAAAAGGCAACUCUAGGACCGGUCACUAUAAACAAAAAAGAUUUUAAUUGUAUCCGUAAAAUGAAUUAAGUGAAUAGCUUCCAGAAGGCUUUAUGGUUUAUUAGUUUUGAACAUCUUUAUCCAAUAAAAUAAAACAUCUAAGACUAUUUGGGGGAGACAAGGGCUUUUCUUAGAGUUGAUUCAUCUUUUCUGACUUAUGAAAAAUAUGGUGUUGCAUUUUGGAAUGAUCAUCUUUUAUCAAACAUAAGUGGUCUAUGAUUUCGAAAUAUCAAAAACAUUUAAUGUAUUUGCUACCUGGAACUUGUCUGAUAUACAGUGUGUUUUCUUUGUUAUUGGCAUUCAUUAUCUAUUCAGAAUAUCAAUUUUCUUUAUGUUUGUGAUUGAAGAUGAAUGAGAUGUUUUGAUUGCGCUAAUAAGUUAACAAUGAACAAAUGGUAUAAAUUAACCGAAAAAGAUCUCACGUUGACAGAGUACGUUUAGACUGUGACACAGUAGUGAUACUCUAAACAGAUUUUAAUUUCAGCUUCUAUUGGAUCUUAGCGAAUGUUUACUAAAUGCCUUUUCCUCAAACCGAUAAAAUAGUCGAAUACUUGUAACAAAGCACAACAAAACUGACACAACAUUUCUUUUGAACAUAAUUAUAACUUUAGCCUGUUAACCUUAUGAAUAAAUGCAGUGCCAAUAUUGCAGUUUUACAGAACACGCUUCUUCUGAUUUUUAGUUAGACGAAAGAAUCGAAUGAUUUAAUUUAAUUAUCUCAAAAGUGAAUUCAUAGAUCGCAAUUCAUUGCCUGCCGGUGUAACGGUCGCCUUGGAGAUAACAAAAAGGCUUGACUGCGCAAAACCGAAUGAGAUAUCGAUUUGGUAGUUGCAACAGCUGUACUUUAUUGUGAAAUGCCUAAGUAAAGUGUUUUCCACAUCGACCGCCAAAUGUUUAUACUCGAUUAAAGGAUAACAAGUAUCUGCGCUGUCUGCAAAAAAAGGAAACAAAAUCGUGAAGUUACUUCCCCUUGGAAGAAGCCAAUAGUACUGUCAACUUCUUAAAGGACAUUUGAGCGUAUAAAUACAUACACACGACAGUACACGUAUUAUAACCAACAUUAACGCAUUUACAUUUCCAUACAAAAUCGAUUUACUUUACGGAUGAAUAUGAUCACAAAUUUGAUUAUCAGUAAACUGUUUUCGUUUUAAAAGAAGUUUUAAUGAUCAGUCAGAAAUGGGCUCAAAGAAGAAACUAAAAUAAAGCUAAUAUUAUAAAACUAAAGCAAUGAUCACACUUUCAAUGGAU